AUGGAAGUCGAAUACAGCCACGAAGAGUUAAAGAACAAGGGAAACGAACACUUCAAACAUCAAAGAUACAAUGAUGCAAUUCGAUGUUUUACAGAAGCUAUUGAAAAAUCAAAUGGAACAAUAGCGGCAUAUUAUGGUAAUAGAGCAGCAGCACACUUGGCAAUUGCAACCAAGGGGUCAUUAAGAGAUUGUAUUGCAGACUCUCAAAAGGCAUUGACUGUCGACAAGACCUUUAUCAAGGGAUACACCCGUGAAGCCAAGGCAUUGGUACAAUUGGGUAAAUUCGAAGAGGCAAAGACCGUCAUUGUCUCUGGAUUGGUUGUCGAUCCAAUGAACCACGAACUCUUGACCGAAAAGAACACAAUUGCAAACGUUGAGAAACAAUUACAAAACGCAAAGGACCACUAUGAAAGCAAUCCAACUUUGGCUCUCUCUGAAAUCGAACAAGUCUUAAACUAUGCCAAAUAUCACCUUGCCUCCAACAUAUUAAAGGGUAAAUUAUUAAUUGAAAACAAGCAUUAUGGAAAGGCUCAAAAUUUAAUGUCACAACUAUUACAAGAUGAUCAAAUGAACCCAGAAUUAUUAUAUGUCAGAGGUUUGGCAUUAUAUUACAGUAACAAUAUGGCAUCAGCUGCACAACAUUUUAAGAACUCUUUGGUGUACGAUCCAGAUUUCAGUGAUAGUCGUGUCGCUUUGAAAAAAUUAAAUAACUUGGAAGCCAAGAAAAAGGCUGGUAACGAGGCAUUCGUCGCCAAGGACUAUGAAAAAGCAUACGAGCUUUUCAGCGAAGCACUUGAAAUCGAUCCAAAGUUUGAUACUCUCAAUGCUCAAAUUUAUAAUAAUAGAGCUGCUACUGCCGUUCAAUUGAAUAAAACAAGAGAAGCAAUUGAUGAUUGUACAAAGGCAUUGGAAUUGGAUCCAAACUAUGUAAAGGCAAUGACAAGAAGAGCACAAUUAUAUAUGAAACAAGAAAUGUACGAAGACGCAGUAAGAGAUUUGGAAAAGGCCAAGGGAUUGGACGAAAGCGACGAUAUUAGAAGAAACCUUAAAGAGGCCAAGAUUGCACUCAAAAAGGCAGCAAGAAAGGACUAUUACAAGAUCUUGGGUGUUGCCAAAGACUGCAAUGAAGUUGAUAUUAAAAAGGCCUACAGAAAGUUGGCGCUCCAAUACCAUCCAGACAAAAAUAGUACCAUCCCCGAAGCCGAAAAGGCACACGCCGAAAAAAUGUUCAAGGAUGUCGGCGAGGCAUACUCUAUAUUGAGCGAUCCAAAGAAGAAACAAAGAUACGACAUGGGUCAAGACGAAAAUGGAAUACCCUUUGACGCCGAAGAUAUGGGCGGCAUGGGAGGUUUUGGCGGUGUCGAUCCUAGCCAAAUAUUCAACAUGUUCUUUGCCCAACGUGGUGGCAUGGGCGGUAUGGGAGGUAUGGGCGGUAUGGGUGGCAUGGGCGGCAUGGGUGGCAUGCAUUUUGGUGGUAUGGGAGACGAUGACGAUUUUGGAGGUAGUCCAUUUGGUUUCCAACAACAAAGACAAAGUUCAAGAGGUCAUGGUCACAGUCACAGUGGUGGUGGUGGUCAUGGUCAUUCUCAUGGUGGAAGAAGAGGUCAUCAAUGGGGUUAA